AUGAGAGCCAAAAAUGUGCCGACUCCAACGUCAGAUUUCCUCUUGGUAGCCGACAGCCAGCUUGACGCCAUCUUCCAAGUCAAUAUCACUUCCGGGGCAAAGGUCAGCCUUCCACUCGGCCACCUGGUGUAUCCGCUUGCCAUUGACUUUGACCCCGCUGCCGAUUACGUCUACUGGUCCGAUGGUCUACUCAGGAAGAUAUCACGGGCACAUCGGAACGGAUCCGGAGGUGUAGAAGACAUUGUGACCAAUGAUAUCACCUCCCCAAACGGAUUAGCUCUGGACUUUGUCGGGAGGAACAUCUACUGGACCGACUCAGAACGUGACGUCAUCUCAGUCGCAAAGCUUGACGGGAUGUAUGUCAAAGACCUUAUUUCAGAACAUCUCGACCAACCACAUGGCCUCGUGUUGGACACACAGAAUGGGUACAUGUACUGGGCUGACUGGGGUUCUGAACCAAAGAUAGAGAAGGCCGCUAUGGACGGAACGGACAGGACAACGCUGGUCGACACGCUACUGCAAGAUCCAACCGGGCUGGCCAUUGAUUUCAUUGUUUGCACGGUAGAGAACGCUGAGUGUCAACAGUUGUGCCUGGUUCGCCCCGGCGGGAGGACGUGCGCUUGCCAGAACGGCUUGACGCUUCAACAGGAUGGGCUGUCCUGUCGAUCGUCAGGUGCUACAACAACCCCACCAAUCACAACCAACCAACCGAGCACUUCAAGUCUGUCUCUCGACAUUAAGGUUGGGAUAUCAGUUGCUGGUUUUGCAUUGUUCAUCCUCAUCGCGUCAGGUUUUGCAAUAUUCCACUUUGUAAAGAAGAAGAGACAGCAACGUGCAGCCGAUAGAGCUAGAGACCGAGAGUAUGCUACCGCCAAUGAGGCAAUGGAAGAGGAAGUCUAUGAUGUGAUAAGGGACGAAGGGUUUAUUUCAGUGGCCGCUUUCCCUCCCCCGGUUCCCGCACCCCUAAAGCGUGCCCAAAACAGCUAUCUGGACAUGGAACAGUUUGCUAUGAAAAUCCCGAACGGCUACGAAGACCCUAAAACCUUGAAACAAGCGACUCCUAGUGAUCCAAUUGCAAAGCACAUCCCUGGUGACGACUUGAAGCAUGACGAGCACGGCUACCUGGACUUGAACGGCGUCCGUACAAACCUGCCACCUAGCGGUCCCACCGAGGAUGACACAGACUACGACUACACGGAUCCGGUGAAGAAAUCUGACCCGUACCAGUCUCUGGGAGGGUCCUAUCAACAGCAUCAUGAGUACCAAGGUCUGCGCAACAAAGGUACGAAGGCCCAGAGCGACGAUCACGACUACACCCACCCCAUGCGUAAAACCGACCCAUACCAACCCCUGGGUGGUUCCUACCAUCGCCACAAUGUUUACCAAGGUCUGAGCAAGAAAGCUAAGAACCAACCAGCGGUCGGGAAUGCUGGACAAGAUUUCAUUCAGCCUAACUUUGUCAAUAUUCCAGAACCGGAUUACAACAAUUAAAAGAUGUAACCGUCCAUUGAAGGAACAGGCAGGGAUAUCGCAUAUUUGUACUAAUCUCCAAGCAGAUUCCCGGUGGCUUAAGAUAGUAUCAACGCUAGUCAUGGGUUAUAGCCGGCUAGAGGAGGACAGCCGCCUACUUACCAGCUUUGAUACAAUCUUAUGUCACAGGGAAUCUGUUUGGAGAUUAUAUUUGUACAAUAUAUUAACGCUAGUUCACCUUUAUUCGUUGGAUAACCUAUAUCCGUUGUUUUCAAAAACAUGGUAUUAAGGGAUCGACUGACGGCGGUUUUAAACUGCAAAAUUUUGAAAAUACAUGUAUUGCAAUUUAGAGCCACAGUCCGUCGAAUUAUCAUCCCUAUAUACUCUGUUUUUAUUACGGAUAUAGGUUACCCCACGGAUAAAGGAGAAGUAGUGUUAUAUUAUCUGCUAUACAUACGCAGUGAGUUAUUGGCAUGCGUGCUGUUCAUACUGAUAGCAAUGCAAUGAUAAAUUUAUCAUGAUAAAAUGUAGGAUCCUGGAAGACAAAGAUAAAUGAGGCAACAUAGGUUUUUGGAAUUGCCUUCUUGGAGACUGAGAACAGGUAUUUAGACAUAUUAUGACAGACUUAUGUAAGUGGAUCGUCACGA